AUAUUUGUCUUUUUUUAAUGAAAUUAAGAACCAAUUUGGAAAGACAAUUAAAAUCCUCAGAAGUGAUAAUGCUAAGGAAUACUUUUCUGCAGCAUUUUUGUUAGGUUUCCAAACAAGAAACCUAAUCAAGACUCUCUCACUCAACCCAGAAAAGCACCAGAAUUUUGAUUAACCUCUAUGUUGAUGAUAUUGUCAUCACAGAAAAUGACGUCACUGGAAUUGCUCAAUUAAAGAAUCAUUUGUUCAACCACUUUCAAACCAACGAUUUGGGUCGGCUAAAAUAUUUCCUUGGUAUUGAAGUGGCACAAUCAAAGGAAGGUGUCAUCAUUUCACNAAGAAAAUAUGCUCUUGAUAUUUUGGAGGAAACAGGCCUCACAAAUUGCAAGCCCAUUGAUAGUCCUAUGGACUCAAACCAAAAGUUGAUGAAAGACCAAGGUGAACUUUUCUCAGAUCCAGAGAGAUAUAGAAGGCUUGUUGGAAAACUCAUCUAUCUUACCAUAACAAGACCAAAUCUUUCUUAUCCGGUGGGAGCUGUGAGUCAAUUUAUGCAAAAUCCACAUGUUGAUCAUUGGAAUGCAGUGAUUCGCAUUCUCAGAUAUGUAAAAGGGAACCCAAGACAGGGAUUGUUGUAUGAGGACAAAGGAAGCACUCGUGUUGAGGGAUAUUGUGAUGCAGAUUGGGCUGGUUGUCCAAUUGACAGAAGAUCUACCUCAGGAUAUUGUGUUUUACUUGGAGGGAACCUUGUAUCUUGGAAAAGUAAGAAACAAAGUGUUGUUGCUCGAUCUAGUGCUGAAGCUGAGUAUCGAUCUAUGGCUCUAACUACAUGUGAACUUGUGUGGAUUAGACAACUCCUUCAAGAGUUGAAAUUUUGUGAAAAUGAGCAGAUGAAGUUGUACUGUGACAAUCAAGCCGCCCUUCACAUUGCCUCCAAUCCAGUGUUUCAUGAAAGAACAAAACACAUAGAGAUUGACUGUCAUUUUAUCAGAGAGAAGUUAUUGUCAAAGGAUCUUGUUACUGAGUUUGUCAACUCUAAUGGACAACUCGCAGACAUUCUGACCAAAUCUCUAAGAGGGCCUAGAAUUCAAUUUAUAUGUUCCAAGCUUGGUGCAUAUGAUCUAUAUGCUCCAACUUGAGGGGGAGUGUUGAAAUAUAAUGUCUUUUAUUCUAUUAUUAAUAUUUAUGUUAGAGUUGUGUUAGGGGCUUCUCGCCCUUUUUCAUUUUUUUAGAACUACUGUCUUCUAUAAGUACAGUAGAAGCUGUAUCAGACUAAGUUAAUCAAAAAUAUUAGACUCUUCAUUUUCUCUCAAACUUCAAGUAAUACAAACUAGUAAUGAAAAUGCACUG